CUCGCAAAAUUGUUCACACCGUUAAUUUGCCAUUUGGUAAAAAAACUUCAAGCGAACCUCGGCGGCCGGUUGCACGUUAAAACGAUGAGAAAUCACAUUACGGCGUUUGCGUUUUUGAUGUGCUGCUUUAUGAAGUCAACACGUGUAUCGGGGGUGAAAAAUAUUACACACGGUGUAUCGAGGCAUAUGCGAUCUAUCGGAUUUCCCGAGGGUAGUAAUACAGGGAUAUUCUUUGCCUUGAGUAUUCCCGUAGACAUUCCCGACAAAUCUGUAUCGAUGUCGUUUUAUUUCGAGGCGAAUUACGGAUUGCCAAGCGAAUGGAAUUCCACUUACUACUAUUACGACGGAAGUUAUUUCGAAAAACGAAGACUCAGUCGUCAACUGAUAUACAGCUUGUUCACAAACAAACUGGAAAGGUAA